AUGGCUGCGAAGUCCCAGCCCAGCGCCCCUAAAGCCAAGAGUGCCAGCGGCAUCACCAACGGCAAGGCUGCAGCCCAAGGGCAGUGGGGCCGUGCCUGGGAGGUGGACUGGUUCUCCCUGGCGGGCGUCAUCUUCCUGCUGCUGUUCGCGCCCUUCAUCGUCUACUACUUCAUCAUGGCCUGCGACCAGUACAGCUGCUCCCUGACGGCGCCCGUGGUGGACCUUGCCGCCGGGCGGGCUCGGCUCGCGGACAUCUGGGCCAGGACGCCGCCUGUGACCGCAAAGGCGGCCCAGGUCUACGCGGCGUGGGUCACGCUCCAGGUGCUUCUGUACAUGCUGCUUCCUGACUUCUGCCACAAGUUUCUGCCGGGCUACGUGGGGGGCGUUCAGGAGGGCGCCGUGACUCCCACAGGAGCCGUCAACAAGUACGAGGUCAAUGGCCUGCAGGCGUGGAUUCUCACGCACCUCCUGUGGUUUGCCAACGCCCACCUCCUCUCCUGGUUCUCUCCCACCAUCAUCUUCGACAACUGGAUCCCACUGCUCUGGUGUGCCAACAUCCUGGGCUACACCGUCUCCACCUUCGCCAUGGUCAAGGGCUACCUCUUCCCCACCGAUGCCCGGGAAUGCAAAUUCACAGGCAAUUUCUUUUACAACUACAUGAUGGGCGUUGAGUUUAACCCCCGAAUUGGGAAGUGGUUUGACUUCAAGCUCUUCUUCAAUGGGCGCCCUGGGAUCGUCGCCUGGACCCUCAUCAACCUGUCCUUUGCAGCCAAGCAGCAGGAGCUCUAUGGCCACGUGACCAACUCCAUGGUCUUGGUCAACGUCCUGCAGGCCAUCUAUGUGCUGGACUUCUUCUGGAAUGAAACCUGGUACCUGAAAACCAUCGACAUCUGCCACGACCACUUUGGGUGGUACCUGGGCUGGGGGGACUGCGUCUGGCUGCCGUACCUGUACACGCUGCAGGGCCUGUACCUGGUGCACCACCCCGUGCAGCUGCCCGCCCCCUAUGCGCUGGGCGUCCUGCUGCUGGGCGUACUAGGCUACUACAUCUUCCGGAUGGCCAACCACCAGAAGGACCUCUUCCGCCGCACGGACGGGCGCUGCCUGAUCUGGGGCAGGAAGCCCAAGGCCAUCGAGUGUUCCUACACGUCGGCCGACGGGCAGAAACACCACAGCAAGCUGCUCGUGUCGGGCUUCUGGGGCAUGGCCCGCCACUUCAACUACACGGGCGACCUGAUGGGCAGCCUGGCCUACUGCCUGGCCUGUGGCGGCGGCCACCUCCUGCCCUACUUCUACGUCGUCUUCAUGACCAUCCUGCUCACCCACCGCUGCCUGCGGGACGAGCACCGCUGUGCCAACAAGUACGGCCGCGACUGGGAGCGCUACACGGCCGCCGUGCCCUACCGCCUGCUCCCCGGCAUCUUCUAG